GGUUGAUGGGGGAGGAUGGGGGAGGAGGAUGCUGGGUUGCUCGCCACGUGACUCGUGUCGUCAUCGCUGCACUCGUGUUCGGACCUCGCCACUGCCGUUGGCCUCGUGAGGGUUCGACCGAGGUCGAGCGAAGUUUUAAUCUCACCGGCGGUAGAUUUGUCGUCUUAUUGUUUUAUAUUUCACCAGGAGUGGGGGUUUCUUUUAGUUCGCUUCCCCCUCUCUCGUCCACCCCCCCCCCCCCCCGAGUGUUUUUAGUCGCCACGAGGUCGACCCCCCCCGCAGCGCAGACUCCCCAGCUUUAAGUUCACGGCUGAGGCUGUAAUUUCGUAAGUUGUCAUCACCUGGAGCAGGAGUCAGCAACCUGCGGUUACGGAGCAGCACGCUGCUGACUACGGACUGCGUCAUGACACAAUGCCUCCCUGUACCCCAAUCUGCUGCCCCAGCACCGCCAUAGCCAAACCAGCAAUGCUCGGCAUGGCCUGUGACGAGGAGGCCCUGCUGGACCUCAUGUUGCGCACAGGGUACAACAUGAUCCAGGAGAACGGGCAGAGGAAGUUCGGACCACCGCCCGACUGGCAGGGGCCCCCGCCCGCCCGUGGCUGCGAGGUGUUUCUGGGGAAGAUCCCGCGCGACCUCUACGAGGACGAGCUGGUGCCCGUGCUGGAGACGGUGGGGAAGCUCUACCUGCUCCGCCUCAUGAUGGAGUUCAGCGGAGAGAACCGCGGCUAUGCGUUCGCCACCUACACGACGCGCACCCACGCCGAGGACGCCAUCAAGAAGCUCAACAACUUUGAGAUCCGGCCCGGAUGCGCCAUAGGAGUCUGCAUCAGCGUGGACAAUUGCCGCCUCUACAUUGGGGGGCUGCCAAAGGACAAGACGCAAGAGGAGGUGAUGUUGGCGAUGAGUUGCGCCACGAUGGGCGUUGUGGACGUCAAGAUGAGCGUCUGUCCCACCGACAAAACCCGCAACCGAGGCUACGCGUUCGUCGAGUACGAGAGCCAUCGCGCGGCCGCUAUGGCCCGGAGGAAGCUCGUUCCAGAAACUUUCGAGCUGUGGGGCCAUACCAUAAAGGUGGACUGGGCCGACCCCAAGCGGGACACGGCGGUGGUGGCGGCAACGGAAAAGGAGGCGUCGACGCCGGGCUCGCGCCGGGGCCGCGUGCCGCCGCCGCCGCGUCGCCUGCCCGACGGGGCCCCCGACGUGGCGCCGGGAGGCGCCGUGGUGGAGGCGACGGCGCCGGAGCCGCUGCAGCCGGAGCGCGCGGGCGCCGGCGAUGCCGCGCUGCUGCACUUCGGCUUGCGGGGGGACGCGGCCGCGGCCCUGCGUACGCUGCGCGGGGCCGCCCUGCUCGGGGCGCAGGGAGGACAACGAGGUGCGGGUGCUGGCCGAGUCUCCCCAAGGCCGGGACUCCCUGCCAGCAGCAGCAGCAGCGGUCGCCGACCGGCCAGCCUCCCUGGCCCCGCUGCGCCGGAAGACGGUGCACACGGCCUGUUCGAGGGCUGGGGGGCUCGCACGAAGCUGUGUUGGGUGCCGCGCCACUUGCAGCCCGUGCCCAUCGCUUUCGAGGCGCUGCCGGAGGCGGCCGUGCUGUCGUGGGAGGUGCGACUGCGGGCGCUGUGCCGGCGCGCCGGCCUCGGCGACGCGACCUUCGAGCUGCACGCCCAUUCGGAGUGCGGGAUACCCGUGGGCCUCCUCUAUAAGGUUUCCAUUUGCGGGAUUGGAGAAGGCGGCUUCUUCCCCGAACUUCUGAGCACCAGCGAGGUGGGAGCGCGGGAGGUGGCGAGUCGGCACGUCUACAACAUCCUCAGCAAGGUGAUGCUGCCUUCCAGCUGCCUCCUCCAGGGCUCAUCAGCGUACCCGCCUCGUUUUCCAUGACCCCGCAGUGGCUCACCCCACGUACAGCUGACUUCACGUUGCUCCUCACUGCACCACGCACCGCUCCCGCGAUUUUUUUUCCCACAAUUCACAUUUUUGAAAGCACUCGAUGGCAAAACUAGCAGAUAGUUUAAUGCACGUUGUCAUUUCUACUAAUAUUACUGUUUUAAAAGUUUUACGCACUCACGUCUCACGUUUGCAUUUUAAGGAGCGUUUGAAAAUAUAAACACUUUAAAAAAUGGUUUACAGUACAUUAGUACUUUGCAAAUUUUUCACAUCGUGUUCUGAUUUGCUGUAAUUGUUUUAAAAACGUAUUGGAAAUAAAAGU